AUGCCCGCAAGCCCGUGGUUCCGUCGUGAGUACGACUCGUUGGCAGUCAUCUCGCGCCUCGUGCUCGAGGUCGGGAACGUGUCUGUGGUUGCGACGAGCGACGACAUCAAGACGACAUCGGUUGUGCUCCACAGCGAGUCUGCGGCGGCCGCAGAAUCGUUCCGGGUCCAGGAAGACGGCCACGAGCUCGCCGUCAAGUGGGAAGAAGACCACCCCGUCGAUCCUUCCAGUGACUACUCGAUCGAAAUCCACAUGCCGCGCGAAUCCAUCGACGCCGUCGCGUUUUCGGGUGCAGGGACCGUCUCCGUUCACCCAAACACUCUGCGGCGCAGCGUCGACGCCAACCUAACGAUUGCAUCAACCGGGCCUGGCUCGCUGCUCGUGGACGACACAGACAUCCGAGCUGGCAGCCUGCACUUGCGCCAAGGAGGUGCCGGGGUGCUCCAGCUCACUUGCCACGAUUUUGUCGUCGCGUACGAGGUGGAUGUGCAAACGACGUCCACGGGGUCCACCGUGAUGCAUGCGUCAUCAAGCGUGUCGGCGAGCCAAGUGACCUUGACAGGCUCGGCUGGCUACACAACUGUCCAAGUAAACGGCCCUGUGAAAGUGACCGACUUCAUCGACCUGCGUGCCAGCAAGGCUGGCCGCGUUGCACUCGUCACUCAGGACUCGACGACGCAUCAUCUUGCCAUGACAACAACCGGGAAUGGCGCUGUCACGGUCAACGGAACCAUGCAUGCGCACUCGGUGGUGGUUCGCGGUAGAGGCGAUGGCAGCGUACGCGUGUGCGGCGCGGAUGGGUCGUGCCAUGCGCUGGAAAUGGAUGUGGCUGGAAACAGUUGCGCCAGCGUCGAGAUGGCUGCGACUUUGUGCAGCGUCGCCAUCGACGGCCGCAGCCACGUCUCGCUGUGCAAAGGGCAAGUUGUCACGAGCAAAACCAUUCUUGGCGACGCGCAGCUCAAGACGCUAGACGAAUGCGCACCGCACGACCACGCCACAAUGGAGCUUGUGCCAUUUGCGGCAACCAAGAAAACCGACGACGAACUGGAACGGUGA